AUGGUUUUGACAGUGGAAGUGGAGGAGAUGAUGAUGAAGUUGAAAGGAAGGAUGGAGGAGGUGGUGGGAUUGGAGAGCAUGGUGGUGGCUAAGUUGGGAGAUGUUGAUAGUCUUUGCAGGGCAUUCACUGGUUGUUAUGCCGUUUUCCACACUUCCUCUUCUUUUGAUCCUCGCGGUGUCUCCGGUUAUUCGGAAACAAUGGCUUUUUUGGAGACAGAGGCAGCAAAGAAUGUUAUUGAGGCUUGUGGGAGAGCUGCAUGUGUGAAGCGAUGCAUCUUUACUUCAUCUCUACUUGCUUCUAUUUGGCAAGGCAAUGUUGCCGGCGAAAUCAUCAACGAGAGUUGUUGGAGCGACGAAGAGUUUUGCCGAGACAACAAGCUAUGGCUUGCCUUGGGUAAGACGAGAGCAGAGAAGAUUGCUUGGAGGAAGUCCAAAGAAAUGAAAGUUAAUCUUGUCACUCUUUGCCCUGGCCUUCUCAUGGCUCCCACCUUUCCAAACGCUCACAUUGAAGCUUCUCUACGUUAUCUUAAAGGAGGACAGGUGAUGUUAGAACGAGGAAUGUUAGCAACUGUGGAUGUAAACACUGCUGCAAAGGCACAUGUUGAUGUUUAUGAAGCUAUGGAUGAAUUUGGAGCUUGUGGAAGAUACUUGUGUUUUGAUAGAGUUGUGAAGAGAUUAGAUGAAGUUAUUGAACUUGAGAAUGGGUUGAAGAUGCAUGGCCUAUUGUCAAGAGGAAGAAGACGACAUGAGGAAGAAGAUGAAGAAAGUAAUCAUUUUCAUGGCCCUCUUACUCUUAGUAAUGCUAGGCUUUCUAAAUUGCUUUCUAGUUAUGCUUCUCAACCUGUGUCUUGCAAACAGUGA